AUGUCUGUUACUUCAGAGUCUUGGACUUCAACAAUACCAGGUGCAAAAGGACGAAGUCUAACACUACUCCCAUUGCCCGUAAUGCAGGCACUCAAAGAAGGCGACCUGGACUCCGCUCAAGAACUUUUUCCACUCAAACUACCGUCGAUUCUCAUCUCUGACUUAUGUCGAAGCACAUGGAAGAGACGCUACGCCGAGAUUGAACUUAAUGCCAACGACGAGCCUUGGCUUACUCGACUGGUUGUUGAUACGGAUACACAAACAAUCGUUGGGCGAGCGGGGUUCAUUAGUCCACCUGAUGAGGCUGGCAUGGUUGAAGUUGGCUAUGCUAUUGACCCUUUGCAUCGCCGAAAGGGCCACGCAAGAGCAGCGUUGGAGAUACUGCUUGAGACUGCAGAUGCCAUCCAGAUGUCAAGAUUGUUCGAGCCACCAUUCGACCUGACAACUUACCAUCAAGGGCACUGGUCGAUCAGUAUGGAUUUCAGGAGAUUGGUGAAAAGCGGGAUGAAGAGCAUGGUUGGUUUUGCAGGGAUACACGUCCAGCCUCUUCGUGAUUCUGGCAUCCUCUGCAAAUGCACAGCAGCUUAUCUCCUUACAAUCGCUAUGAAUAAGGAACCAGCCUUCAAACUCCUCCCAGCAGAGCGUAGUGACAUACCCCGCCUCGCAGAAAUCAACGUCACGGCCUGUCUCCCAGAUAUUGCAUUUAGUCUCUACUUCCCAACACCUCAAGAAUUGGAGAAAGCCGUGACCGAUGCGCUCGAAGUCCAAUUCGGCGACCCGACAUGGCUUCACAUCAAAGCAAUUGAUAAAGCCACAGGAGCCAUAGGUGGAUGGGCAUCGUGGAAUAUACUCACUAACGAGCAGAUCCAAGAGCGGGAUGAACAAAUCGCGAACGGAUCUGAUUUCGCGCCUGGACUCUCUGGGCAUGUGGCGCGAGAGACAGAUAAAUUGUUGGGGAAACACAAUGGGAAACAGAGUUAUAUUAGAUGCAAAGCGUUAUUUACAGAUCCUUCGUUUCAGAAGCAGGGUAUUGGAAAGGCGCUGGUCGAUUAUGGGAAUGGAGUCGCGGAUCGACAACACUUGCCGAUCUUUUUGCGGGCGACGCCGUUUGGAUUCCCACUUUAUGUAAAAGGGGGGUUUGAGAUGAUUGAUGAGCUACAUAUUGACUUGAGAGAUUGGGCACCGGGUGGGAAAGAAAAUGAUAGGGGGUAUGGAAAUUAUCGGUUUCGAUUUAUGAGAAGGACAUCGAGGACUUUGCCAACGAGCAUUUCGUAA